AUGGCCGCCUUCUCCAUUUUCAAAAGGGUCUUCAGAUCAGCUCGUGUGUUUAGAAACUAUGAGCACCCAGUGGAGGGAUUGGAUUCACAGUUUGGUCUUCAGAAGCAGCUGUUUUGUACCAGACCCGUCCAAGACGAUUGUACAGUCUCUUACCUGGUUCGCUCGUGUGGAUUGCCCCCAGAAUCCGCUACUCUAGUAUCCCCCAAGGUAAAGCUUCAAUCUUUAGAGAAACCAAAUUCCGUUUUAGCGCUUUUGAAACUCUAUGGAUUCUCAGAUACCCAGAUCUCAGCUCUUGUGUGUAGACACCCAUAUAUUCUGGUCGCCAAUGCCCAGAAAACCCUUUUGCCAAAGCUUGAGUUUUUCAGCUCCAUAGGAAUCUCAAGGCUCGACCUUGCAGGAGUACUGACCUCCAACCCAGUUAUUUUGAUGCGAAGCUUGGAAAACUUUAUUGUACCCUGUUAUAACAUGCUUAAAAGCGUUGUGGUCUCUGAUGUCAAGGUCGUCAGUGCUUGGAAGCGCAGCUCAUAUAUUUUCGCAAGUAACUUAUCCAAGAAAGUAGUGCCGAAUAGUGAGUUUGUGAGAGAAUUGGGCAUGCCCGGGUCGUGUAUUGCUUUGUCGCUGACAGAUUAUGCUGGUAUCGUGACGAGAAAGCCUGAAUUGUUCAGCCAACUUGUGGGUGAGGUCAAGGAAAUGGGAUUUGACCCUCAGAAGACAAGUUUUGUGCAAGCCAUGAAUGUAUUGGCUGCAAAAGAGACAUGGAAACGAUGUCGAGAGGCUUAUAGGAGGUGGGGUUGGUCUGAGGAUCAUUGUGUUUCUGCCUUCAGGGCGUAUCCGCUGUGUAUGAUGUUGUCAGAGAAGAAACCAAUGGACACAAUGGAUUUCCUAGUGAAAAAGAUGGGCUUGGAGAAGAGAAUCAUCCCGAGGUUUUCAGUUAGAGUUUUGGUUUUGAAAGGAUUGAUAGGGGAGGAGAAGUUGAAUUUGGCUAAUGUUCUUUCGAGGUUGGAGGAGUACUUCUUGGAUAGGUUUGUGAACAGAUAUCUCAGCCGAGUACCUCAACUGUUGGAUGUGUACCAAGGCAAAGCGAUCAGAGCUGUCCAUGGUGGGUUUUGGCAAGGGAAAAGCUAUGGUAUGGUGGUGGAAUUAAAAAAUGAUGGUAGAGGCUAUGGGGUUGAUGGUGAAUUUUGUGCAGGUGGCGGAAUAGGAGGUGGUAGAAUUGGAGAUGAGCGGUGGAUUUUGCAGGCAUGA